AUGUUGUGCUUCUGCAACUCGACAACGAAUGCAUAUCCGGUGGAGUUGAGGAUUUAUCAAGUUUUAAACCAACUCAAAGACCCUAUUUCCGACUCCUUCCUCAAUCUCGAAAGUCUCGAGGUUCUCUCCCUAGCUAAUAACUUGUUCAAUGACACUACUGAACUAGAAAAUCUUCAUAGCCUUCACAAUCUCACAACUCUCAAUCUUUCUCACAACAACUUGACACUUGAUGCAAUAUACCUCCAUGCCUUGUGGAGAGGAUGUAUAGUCUUCGAGUUCUCUUCCAACAAUUUCAACGGAGGCAUACCAGAUGCAAUCGGUGAGCUAAGCUCACUCUUUCUUCUCAACUUAUCCCACAAUGCUCUCACUGGCGCAAUCCCAAGAUCACUAGCUGCCCUGACGCUUCUAGAAGUGCUCGACCUCUCUGUCAACCAGCUCAGAGGAAGAAUACCGGAGGAGCUUGCACGCCUCACAUUCCUUUCAUUCUUGAAUGUGUCUAACAAUGUGCUUGUCGGAGGUAUUCCGAAUGGCCCUCAAUCCCAAACAUUUUCUCCGAAUUCCUUUGAAGGGAACAAAGGGUUAUGCAGCUUCCCACUCGACAGACACUGCAACAGGUCGCCUGGGGCUGGUAUCAUGCUAUCAAAAUCGAAACACAAGGAGAUAGAAUGGGAAUAUGUGUUUGCUGCUCUUGGUUAUGUUGUGGGAUUAGGAAGCAUUUUCUGGGCACUUUUAUGUUGCAGAAGCUUUAGGGAGCCAUACUUUGAGAAGAUAGAAGAGUUGAAGACGCAUGAGCCUCAUUCACUUGAACUGGUCAGGAGUCCAGAAGCAGUUGAAGAAGGAAAGACGCAUGAGCCUCAUUCACUUUGA